AUGCAAUUUACCGACCUCCCCGGCUGUCUUCUUGACCGAAUUGGCUUUUUCAUUCUCCUGGAUGAAGGUAUGCGUGGCAUAUUGAACCUCUCCAGAACUUGCGCCGAGUUACACGAGCACUUCACCGGAUUUCUCUUGACGGUUGUGCCCUUGACCGUGUCAAAGAAACGUAAAAAGAAGACAAUAUCAUACAAGAGACUUUCCGUUUUAUCUAAAACACAUUCUGUUUUUAUCAGAGACCUCAGGCUCUACGACUUCAAAUACGAAGUGCCCUUGCCUACCUUCGAGUUUCUCGCUUCCUUGACCGUCGAAGCAGCCAGCUUCUCUUAUCUUUUAGAGCUUCAUGAGCUACCCAAGCUCACAACUUUGACAUUAAUCUACAGCCACCGUUUGGUUCGUAAAAGGCCACUUUCCAAGUUGGAGGGAGAUCUCACCAGGCAUUUCGAGGAGCACCAAUUCCCGGCCCUACAGAUUCUUAGAGUUUUUUCAAGAAAACAGAUCAUCAAUAAUCGGUUCAAAAUAUUCUUUUCGAGAAACUCGAUCACCCCCCAGCGCUUGGAGGAAUACGACAGGUAUUUUUCCAGCAAGAAAGCUCAAAAAAAUUUCUCCAUUGAGAAAGACAAACACAGUCUCCUUGGGCGUAUCCUUUUUAAGAUCAUAGAAAAAACAAGAAAAUCACUAAAAAUGAUCGAAGUGUCAAACCUUGACUUUUCGUUUAUCAUGGCUGCAAACAGGAAAAUCAAGUUCCCACAGCAAUGCUACAUCCUUCUCAAUAACGCAUCAAUCGUACACGCUUACUCGUGGCUCAGAAGAAUUGACACAAGAAAAAGAGUCACCGUGAUGCUUGAAGACGAAAUCGCCUUGGUGGUCCAUAUCUACGUAAAACAUAGAGGGGAGGAAACAAUACGCCACCUGUUGAAGAACCAAACCCUAGUUCGUGAUUUUUACAGAUUGAUGGGAAUAUCUUAA